AGCAAUAUUUUUUCAGGCAGACUUUAUCAGGAUAUACAAACAGUGAUCAGUUUGGACAAACAUCUUUGUAGUUUGUUGUGAUAUACAAUAACAUUGUACACCAACGUUGUUUUAUUACCACGAACUCUAAUCGGCCACGGACGGAACUUUUGGAAAAUAUUUUCCGUGAAACAUUGAGUUUUGUUAGUUCAUUAUGAUAAUGGAUAACAACCAGAACUUAGCAGGCAGGGAUGGACUGACCGAUACUUCGUCCUGUAUGAUGGCCACCUCGCACCUCCUACAAUCGUCCAUGCACGGGAUGAACCCCGACCUCCACCCAGAUCACACAGUGGACCACCACGAUCGUCUCCACGACGACAAUGACGACGUCAAGGAUGAACUCGAUGUGAACAGUUCCGGAGACUCUGACGACGACCAGAACUUUUCCGGAACUUCAACUUUAUCACAACAGAAUCGAAGAUUUGCGGACGUAAAGCCACCGUAUUCCUACAUCGCCCUCAUCACCAUGGCGAUAGAGAGUUCCAAUUCUGGUAUGAUGACCCUGAACGAAAUCUACGCCUUCAUCAUGAAUAGGUUCCCUUACUUCAAGGAGAACCAACAAAGAUGGCAGAAUUCUAUCCGUCACAACCUUUCCCUUAAUGACUGUUUUGUGAAAAUCCCACGUGCUCCCGGUCGACCAGGAAAAGGGAACUACUGGGCUCUUCAUCCAGCGUGCGGCGAUAUGUUCGGUAACGGAAGCUUCUUGCGCCGCGCCAAGCGCUUCAAGCUCCAGCGCCAGAGGAUGAGGGAAGCCGAACAGGCGCAAGUACAGCAUGUGAAUUCAUUUGGACAUUUCAGCCUUUUCCCUCCUCCAACGUCCGGAUACAAACCUUAUCCUUCGCUCAACUCGCUAACACUCGGCUCGUUCCCCCAGGGUCUUCCUCAGUCUCAGCAAUACGGCAGCUUAGUUUCCAAACCGGAACCAUGGAACCCGCCCGGCUCCUCCAGCUACAAUCCAUACUACAGCAGCAACAGUAUGAACAUGAAUAUGAACAAUUCCAUUGGAGCUUCCCUUGGUAGUUCCCUCGGAAGUUCUCUGGGCGGACCCUAUCUCUCCGGGAGCCAGGUACCUCCCGUGCCAAGUAUGAACAGCUCUCUGACAAAUUACCCCUCUCUGCAGCAGUCCUACGGGUGCGGUCCCCAAUACAACAGUCAGAUUCGGCUCCAGGCGUCUCAGUGACAAACCCAAUGACUUAAACAAUUGUAAAUGAGUGAUACAGACAAUUGCGAACCAGUGAUAUUUUGUGUAACUGUGAGAAUGAUGUGUAUGUGUGUGUAGAGGUAAGAAAAUAACUGUGUUGAUAAUUCAUUCAUAUGUUCAUAGUAAUUGAUAUCACAUUAUUUUAUGUUUCCGAACUUAUAUUGAUUAGAUAUAAUUUAACUACCAGUGUCGGAUAACACAUUGUUGUAAUAUAUGAUAUAUGUUUGUGUGAAUUCUAGUGCUAAAAUACAAGGUGAACACGACAGUCACGAUGGGCGUCGCCCCGUGAUACUGUGCACGUGUCUACGCAUACUUCCUGUCACAUGGUGGUCAUGAUUUCCUUAUAAUUACCUUAUCAGUCCCUUAGUUGUUGUGUGUCUAUUGGUGAAUGACUAUGAGGUAAGGAUUGUCUUUGAAUUGCAUAAUUUUGAUUAUAGACGUGAACAAUUAUGAAAAAGUUUGUAUGUGUGUUUUGGAGUGUUUGAAUGCCAUUGAUUUUGUAUAUAAAAUGUUUUGAAUCUCAACUGUGAUAGUGCAAUAAACAAUUUGAUAA